UAACUCUGCCUCAGUAGGUUUAUUGAGGGGUUGUGAACAGUUCUCCUAAGAUUUUAGUAUUAAAUAAUCAAGACGUCGUACGCAAUGAGAGGGGACCGCGGCAGGGGGCGGGGAGGCCGCUUCGGGUCCCGUGGAGGACUUGUCCAGGGGUACCGUCCAUUUGUCCCACACAUCCCAUUUGAUUUUUAUGUGUGUGAGAUGGCCUUCCCCAGAGUGAAGCCAGCACCUGACGAGACUGCUUUCAGCGAGUGUCUACUGAAGAGAAACCAGGAUCUGAGCCCCACACCUGCAGAGCAGUCCUCCAUCUUGUCCCUGGUCACAAAGAUCAAUAAUGUCAUUGACAACCUGAUUGUUGCACCCGGCAACUUUGAAGUGCAAAUAGAAGAGGUGCGCCAGGUGGGCUCUUACAAGAAGGGUACCAUGACAACAGGACACAAUGUUGCUGACAUACUGGUGAUGAUGAUCUUUUCUUUUACAGUGGAGGCAGUUGCUGCUCUUGGAAACAAAGUAGUGGAGACCCUUCGUGCACAGGACCCUACUGAAGUUUUGUCCAUGCUGACCAAUGAGACAGGCUUUGAGAUCAGUUCAGCUGAUGCUACUGUCAAGAUCCUCAUCACCACCGUCCCUCCCAACCUGCGCAAGCUCGACCCUGAACUGCACUUGGACAUCAAGGUGCUGCAGAGCGCGCUCGCUGCCAUUCGCCACGCCCGCUGGUUUGAGGAGAAUGCCUCCCAGUCAACGGUAAAAGUGUUGAUCCGCCUGCUGAAGGACCUGAGGCUGCGCUUCCCUGGUUUUGAACCCCUCACACCCUGGAUCCUGGACCUGCUGGGCCACUCUGCAGUGAUGAACAACCCGUCCAGGCAGCCCCUGUCCCUGAAUGCGGCCUACAGGCGCUGCCUGCAGAUGCUGGCUGCUGGUCUCUUUCUGCCUGGCUCUGUGGGCAUCACUGACCCCUGUGAGAGUGGAAACUUCAGAGUGCACACAGUCAUGACUUUGGAACAACAGGACAUGGUGUGUUUCACAGCUCAGACACUGGUGAGGGUGCUCUCUCAUGGAGGUUACAGGAAGAUCCUUGGCCUGGAGGGAGAUGCCAGCUACCUGGCAAUAGAGAUGUCCACAUGGGAUGGUGUGAUCGUCACUCCGUCAGAGAAGGCCUAUGAGAAACCUCCAGAGAGGAAGGAGGAGGAAGAUGAAGCUCUGGAGGAGGGAGGAGAUGGCGAGGAUGAGAGUAUGGAGACGCAGGAGUGAUGAGUUCAGUCAGUGUUGGUGGCUAGUGAAGAACUCUGUCCUGGAUCACCACCAGCAGGAAGUGUUCCAUCCGACAGCUACUGGUCCUCUGAUGUGUUCAGGAUCAGCCUCCUGUAUUUUCAGUUUUUAUUGUCAUGUUAUUACUUUCCCUUUGUUUGGCUUGCCCUCUCUCUUAGUAACAGUUGAAAGUAAACCUUUUUUUAUUUA